AUGGCGUUUUUGCUCAACAACAACUCGAUUUCAUCUCACCUCCGAUCUUCUUCCCAGAAGACGGAUGGUGCCUUUGCUCAAACCCGUCGUGGAUUCCAUGUCGAGCUAGGAGCUCGCGAGAAAGCUCUAUUGGCUGAGGAUGGUGCUCUGAGUAGAUUCAAGUCGCACAAGAAAGGAGUGCACCGAUUGAGAAAGAUUGGAGAUGUGCUCACUGUUGUCGUUAUUGCUGGAUGCUGCUAUGAGAUCUAUGCGAGAGCAGUGAUGAGAAAGGAAGCUCAGGCUGCAUGA